GGGUUCAUUCUCCCGCAUGCUUCUCUUUCGCACAAAAAAUUUCAAAUUCCCCGCUCUAUCUCAAAUUCAAAGUCAUCUCGUCUAUAAAUCCACCCAAUUCUCGUAGAUCCUCUGCAACCAACCCAAAAUUCAAAACCCUAAUUUUAAUUCCAUAUUUCGAUCACGGUUAUUAAGAAGAUGCCUGCCAUUCCAGAAGAGCCGCUUCUCGCUCCGAAUCCGGACCGUUUCUGCAUGUUUCCGAUCCAGUACCCCGAAAUAUGGGAGAUGUACAAGAAAGCUGAGGCCUCUUUCUGGACUGCCGAGGAGGUUGACCUCUCUCAGGACCUCCGCCAAUGGGAAGCCCUCACCCCCGACGAGAAACACUUUAUUUCCCACGUCCUAGCUUUCUUUGCAGCUUCAGAUGGCAUCGUUUUGGAGAACCUCGCUGGAAGGUUCAUGAAGGAGGUCCAGGUUGCCGAGGCCCGCGCCUUCUACGGCUUCCAGAUUGCCAUCGAAAAUAUCCACUCCGAGAUGUAUAGUCUGUUGCUGGAGACCUACAUCAAGGAUUCAGAUGAGAAGCACCGCCUCUUCCAUGCCAUCGAGACCGUCCCCUGUGUGGCUAAGAAGGCCCAGUGGGCCCUGCGCUGGAUCGACGGCUCGGAGUCCUUUGCGGAGCGUCUCAUCGCCUUCGCGUGCGUCGAAGGGAUCUUCUUCUCCGGAAGUUUCUGCGCCAUAUUCUGGUUGAAAAAGCGCGGGUUGAUGCCUGGUCUCACCUUCUCCAACGAGCUGAUCUCCCGUGACGAGGGGCUGCAUUGCGACUUCGCGUGCCUGCUAUACGCCAUCUUAAGGAAGAAGCUGAGUGAGCAGCGCGUCAAGGGGAUCGUCCGCGACGCGGUAGAGAUCGAGAGGGAGUUCGUGUGCGACGCGCUACCAUGCGCGUUGGUGGGGAUGAACGGAGAGCUGAUGAGCCAGUACAUCGAGUUCGUGGCCGAUAGGCUAUUGGGCGCGUUGGGAUGCGGAAAGAUCUACAAUGUUCAGAACCCGUUUGAUUGGAUGGAGCUGAUCUCGUUGCAAGGGAAGACCAAUUUCUUCGAAAAGAGGGUCGGAGAGUACCAGAAGGCCUCCGUCAUGUCCAGCCUCAACGGUAACGGCGGUGGGACCCAUGUUUUCAAGUUGGACGAGGAUUUCUGAAUUUGUAACAUUUGUGUGGUUCUUUUAUUUGUUCUAAAAUUGUGCAUUUUUCUGUCCCGUAUAUUAGUAAUGAUAAGAAAAAAUACGGAUAAAUUUUCGUAAAAUGCUGUUCUCUCAUGUCUAUAUAUCUAACUUUCGUUUCAAUA